UCCACGACGGGAAAGCGAGGCCAGCGAGGGUAAUCGUGAAUCCUAACCCUAACCUCUUUCCCUACCUUUCCCGUUUUCGACAUAUUAGCGAGCGUGAAACGCUAAACCUUCAAAAUGUCCAUCCGACCGGUCUAUCGACCUAAAAUCGUGAAGAAGAGGACGAAGAAGUUCAUCAGACAUCAGAGUGACAGAUAUGAUAAACUCAAGCGCAACUGGCGUAAACCAAAAGGUAUCGAUAAUAGAGUCCGCAGGCGUUUCAAGGGUCAGUACUUGAUGCCCAACAUUGGUUAUGGUAGCAACAAGAAAACGCGUCACAUGCUACCAACUGGCUUCCGCAAGGUCCUUGUACAUAACGUGAAGGAACUGGAAGUUUUAAUGAUGCAAAAUCGCAAGUUCUGCGCAGAGAUUGCACAUGGGGUUAGCAGUAAGAAGAGGAAAACCAUUGUCGAGCGUGCUCAACAACUUUCGAUACGCGUAACCAAUGCCAGUGCACGUUUACGUUCGGAAGAGAACGAGUAAGCAUUACUUUACGUGUAUUUUGGAAAUAAAAUAUUAAAAACAUA